UACGGGGGCUGUCUUUGAUAAAAAAAAAAAAAGCGUUCUGGUUGUUGUGAUGUUCAGCUCCUUCUCCAACUCUCAUCUCUGUGGAUUCACACCUGUUCAGAACGUCGGUUUCUUUCUCAUCUUGGCAUCACAGAGACAGCCAACCCAUCACAGGGCUGGGGAUGGACAGUUUGAUCCUAGAGGCUGGUGACACUGAAGUCCUGGUGAGAUGUCCUUAAGUGGCAACACGGGCCAGUCUUCUCCAUCAACGACAGCUCUGCCUCUAACCUUCAACAGCUCUACCGCUCCACAUUCCCUACCAUGGGAGGAGAAAGGAACCAGGCAAGAGUCUAUGCAGGAGUGGCCGGGGAAUCAAACCCAGCUGCUCUCGGACCUUGCUGUUCUUGGGCAUGAUGACCUAUGUCCUAUGUCUCCUGUCCUCACAGCCUGUCUCGUAGUGUGGUACAGUAUUACAAUGGUGCUGGGGCUACUGGGGAACAUCGGCCUCAUUUGCAUCAUCACCCGUCGCAGAGAAAAAGUCAAUGUCACCAGCAUUUUUAUUUGCAACCUGUCAUUCUCUGACAUUCUGGUGUGUGUCUUCUGCCUCCCGUUUACUGUCAUAUACACGCUAAUGGACCAUUGGGUGUUCGGGUCACUGUUAUGUCGACUGGUGCCAUUCAUCCAGUGUAUGUCUGUGACUGUGUCUGUCCUGUCUCUGGUGUUCAUCGCUCUGGAAAGGCAUCAGCUCAUCAUUAACCCCUCUGGCUGGAAACCAAGCAUUCCCCAGGCCUACGUUGCACUUGUCCUCAUUUGGAUUUUGGCCUGCUUCACCUCUUCACCUUUCUUGGCCUUUCAGCUCCUCACAAAUGAGCCCUACGCUAAUGUAAUACCAAUCCUCCCCCAGUCUCCACUCCAUCACCAAGCCUAUCCUCAGGCUUAUCUCAAUGCAUCUCCGCCUCAGCCUGUUACUUACACAUACAAAAAUUCAUCAGUGCUUCCAAAUCCAUACCGCACCCUCUUUUCCUACAUGCCUGCCUCUCCACAUCUGGAGGCCUGUCUGGAGCACUGGCCAUCCCAGCAGCAUAGGCUCGCUUACACCACAUGGCUUCUGCUGUUCCAGUACUGUGGUCCACUUUUGUUGGUCCUACUCUGUUAUGUUCGUGUUUUUGUGCGCCUUCGCCACCGCAAAGACAUGCUGGACCGCGCCAGGACCCCAGAGACCCAACGCAUGACCCACAGCCGCCGAAUCAACCUCAUGCUGGUCUCCCUUAUAACGGCUUUUGCUCUUUGCUGGCUGCCGCUCACCAUCUUCAACGUGGUGUCAGACUGGAACCAGGAAGCUUUACCUAUCUGCCACCACAACCUGCUUUUCUCCCUCUGCCACCUGCUGGCCAUGUCCUCCACCUGCAUCAACCCCAUCAUCUACGGCUUCCUCAACUCCAAUUUUCGACAGGAGGUGAGAGAGGUGCUCUUGCACUGCCGCUGUAGCCCACUAGAAGAAGAGUGUGAGCAUUUCCCCAUGUCCACCAUCCACAUGGAAGUGUCCCGCACAUCUGUGCCUCCCAACUGUAGGAGCAACUCAGUUUGACUUUGAUGUUACAACCUAAAGGUUACUGCCGUAGUAGGGUGUAGUCACAUAAACUGUUCUACCUUUAAUGAUAGUGCAACU